GUCACGUGGACGAGCCGUAGCCUUUCUUACGCCAGGACUGGUCAUGUGACCCAGCCCAUAGCUUCUCGCAGGGAUGGAGCCGGAAGAGGGGACGCCCUUGUGGCGGCUGCAGAAGCUUCCCGCAGAGCGGGGCUUGCAGCUUCUUCACAAAAUAAUUGAUGGCAUUUGUGGCCGAACUUAUCCUCUCUACCAGGAUUAUCACAGUGUUUGGGAUUCAACAGAAUGGAUGCAUGUUCUAGAAGACAUUACCACCUUUUUCAAAGCCGUAGUUGGUAAAAAUUUAUCUGACGAAGAGAUAUCUCAACAGUUGAAUCAGUUGAAUUCAUCUCAUCAAGAAGCUAUCAUGAAAUGCUUAAAAAGUAGGAAAGAUGAAAUCAAGAAGACUCUUUUGGCAGAAAUAGUUGAUAUUUCCUCUGCACAACUACAGGAUUUUGAUUGGCAGAUAAAGCUUGCACUUUCUAGUGACAAGAUUGCUUCAUUACAAAUGCCACUUUUAAACCUUUAUCUAGAUGUAAAAGAAAAUGGUGAAGUCAAGCCAUAUUCUGUUGAAAUGAGUAAAGAAGAGCUGCAGAAGCUAAUAAAUUCCUUGGAAGCAGCUAAUAAGGUGGUCCUUCAGUUGAAAUAACUGGAAAUGAUGAAUACCAACAUUAUCAGAUUCCACUGGUACAACUGAUGCACUGAGAGAAUACCAUGUGUUCAGAAAAUCUGAAUGGCCAGCUGAGAAAGCAGCAGUGUUGAGAUUACAAAGACAACAAUUUAUCAGCAUCCCUAAAGAAAAGGAAAUUAUAUGGUUGACAGGAAAUGCAUAAAAACAUGAAAGAUGAAAAGGCUGUAAACACAGUUUAUAUUUUCAUAAUGACUGUUUUGCUUCAUUUAUUAAAUAUUUGUAAAGGCUUUAUAGAUACAGUUUUAUGGUAAGCUAAAAAUAGACUCUAAUGUAAACAUACAAGCACAGAUAUACUUGAGUAUUGCUUAAAGAACUGUGUGAAUAGCAAGGAUGUUUAUUAUGGAUAUAUUUGGUUGUUCACUUGUGAUGUUUUUUAAAAGUAAUUUUUAAAGAAUGUAUAAGCUGCAUCUAACUCAGGAGAUUCCAUGUUUUUCUCAUAUUUCAAAGGAAAAUUAUAAAAUGUAAAAUUUUAUAGAGAAGCUCUCCAGACUUGAAGGAAAAAAAAACAAAACUAAAUCUGGGUGAACAAUUUUGAAUUCUAGGAACUAAAAUAUUAUAUUCGAGCAUAGAUAAAAGUGAAAACAAUACUGUUUACUUACUUCUGCAUUUCUGUGUCUGUUCAGGAGACUAUGCUCUGUUAUAAAGAAUAUGUGUCACUUUAUAGUGUAUACCUUAUUACUCCGAUAUCUGCUAAGACUAUAUAGGUCCCUGUUUAUUGUAAAUUCUUAAUUUGGUAUAAACUUAAUGAAGUUCUGGAUGUUAACAACUUCAUUGGAAAGCAAACCAUUUUUAAUUUCAGUGACCUUUAGAAACAAGCAUUCUGAGCAAAUAAAAAUAUAUUGUCUUUGUUUUGCUGUAUUUUCAAAUUAAUUCCUACAUAAUGCAGUAUGAUGCAUCAUUGAUACCUGCUGUUUUGAAAGCUUUAUAACUCAUUAGAGCAUCAGACUGCUAUUUGAGGUGUCCAGAGCAAUCCCUGUUAUUCUCAUACAGAUGAGUAUAUAGGUUUAGGGAGAUUAAUAAAUGUCAGUGUGGUCUAGAUAAUGCCACUCUGAACCGUUUGUUACAGCUUGGUGAUUAGAUGUGGAGUUUGUGCCAGAAUGUUCUUCAAUAUACUGCUUUUUUCAUUGAGAAAUCUAGGCCAUUAAAAUAAAAAUAUCAGCUGAACUAACCAGUGUGCUUAGGGAGGUAGUAGUUGAUUUACCUUCUUGUGCAAAUUCCUUAUGAUGUUGUGUACCAGUAACAGUGGAGGAGGAAAUGGCAGUCCACUCCAGUAUUCUUGCCUGGAGAAUCCCAUGGACAGAGGAGCCUGGCAGGCUACAGUCCAUGGGGUCACGAAAGUCAGAUAUGACUUAGUGACUAAAGCACCACCACCACCAGUAACAGCUUGCAGACAAGCACUGCCAAUAAUACUGACUGAUCUAGGGUCCUUCUGAAUUUCAACGCUCCACACAGUCCUUCCUUUGAGAAGAAAAAAGACCUUACUCUUCUUAGUCCUCUCACUACGUUAUUACUAUAUUAGCAUAUUUAAAUACUUUAUUGAAAUAUGACUGAAAUAAACUACAUACAUUUAAAGUGGACAGUCGAGCAGUUUUGACAUAUACAUACCCAGGAAAGGUUCGGGAGUAGGAAAUGGCAACCCACUCCAGUAUUCUUGCCUGGGAAAUACGACGGGUAGAGGAACCUGGUGGGCUACAGUCCCCAGGGCUGCAAAGAGUCAGAGAUGACAGAGCGCCUGAGCACGGGAAAGCAUCACAUCAAUCAAGAUGGGGAGCAACCAAUCAUUCCUGAAAGCGUCAUCCUAUUUCGUUGUAAUCCUUGCUUCUUGCCCGCUUUGCUCCUAGACAACCACUGAUCUACUUCCUGCCACUAUAGAAGUUCACAUUUUCCAGAAUUUAAAUGGAAUCAUACAGCAUGUUCUUUUUUGUGUGUAAUCUGGCUGCUUUCAUUAUUAUUUUGAGUUCUUCCAUAUUACAACAGUUAACAGUGGUUGAUUUCCAUUUUAUUGUUGAGAACUAUUCUGUCGUAGAAUUCCACCAUCAUUUGUUUAUCUGUUCACCUGUUAUUGGAUAUUUUGGUUGUUUACAAUUUUUGGCUAUUAAAAUACACAGAAUGCUGUGAA